AUGGCCGGCGCGCUGGGCAGGGGGGCGGCGUGCUGGCGGAUGCGGAGCGCGGCGGGCGGCAGGAAGGAGAAGGCGCCGGGCGCCAAGCCCCAGCCCCGGCACGAGAAUAUGAAGAAGCCUUGGAGCCCCGAUUUACCAGUUGAUAACCAGUCAUACAAUUCAGAUUUCACAUCUCUCCCAGACCGGGAAGGUGAGAGAGAAUUAGCACCUGAUGGCGCUGAAGAAAAGAAGGAGAGGGAAAAGAAACACACCAAUUUCACUUUGUGUAGUGUCUGUAACAUUCAGCUAAACUCUGCUGCUCAGGCACAAAUCCACUACAAUGGCAAAUCCCACCAGAAGAGGUUGAAACAGCUCAGCAAUGGAAAUCUCAAAAGCGAUAGUGGUGGUACAUGCCAGAGCCCUGCUCUUCCAGCCCUUGUGCGUCCUCCGGCACCACCCUUGCAGCCAUCGCUGGAUAUUAAGCCGUUCCUCCCUUUUCCUCUGGACACAGCCGCAGCAGUGAAUCUCUUCCCCAACUUCAAUGCAAUGGACCCAAUUCAAAAAGCUGUAAUAAAUCAUACAUUUGGAGUUCCUCUUCCACAUCGAAGAAAGCAAAUCAUAUCAUGCAACAUUUGCCAGCUGAGAUUCAAUUCUGAUAGCCAGGCUGCGGCCCACUACAAAGGCACUAAACAUGCCAAGAAGCUCAAAGCACUGGAAGCCAUGAAAAAUAAGCAGAAAUCUGUUACUACCAAGGACAGCGCAAAGACUACCUUCACUUCCAUCACUACCAAUACCAUCAAUACCAGCUCUGACAAAACAGACACUAACACAGGGACACCAGCAAUAUCAACGACGACAACCGUGGAAAUCCGGAAAAGCAGUGUUAUGACAACUGAGAUCACCUCUAAAGUGGAGAAGAUCCCCACAACAGCCACUAGCAGCAGCACUUGCCCUUCCGUUGAGACUGAGGAAGAAAAAGCAAAAAGACUGCUGUAUUGUUCACUAUGCAAAGUCGCUGUCAACUCUGCCUCACAGCUGGAGGCGCACAACAGUGGGACUAAGCACAAAACUAUGCUGGAAGCUCGGAAUGGAAGUGGAACCAUAAAAGCCUUUCCCCGGGCAGGCGUAAAAGGCAAAGGACCUGUGAAUAAAGGAAGCACAGGCCUUCAGAACAAAACAUUUCACUGUGAAAUAUGUGAUGUGCACGUAAACUCUGAGACACAACUGAAACAGCACAUAAGCAGUAGAAGGCACAAAGACAGAGCUGCUGGGAAGCCGCCUAAACCUAAAUACAGCCCUUACAACAAACUCCAAAAGGGAACACAUCCUCUGGGGGUAAAAUUAGUAUUUUCAAAGGAACCUUCAAAGCCGAUGACCCCACGAAUCUUACCAAAUCCGCUGGCAGCUGCAGCAGCAGCUGCUGCUGUGGCUGUGAAUUCCCCCUUCAGUCUUCGCACAGCCCCAGCAGCCACCCUUUUCCAGACUUCAGCACUUCCUCCAGCACUCCUACGACCAGCUCCUGGGCCUAUAAGGACCACCCACACUCCUGUGCUGUUUGCUCCUUACUGAACUCCAAACAGGAAUUCAUUGUACUGCAAUAAUUUUUCAAAUCAAAAGAAACAAACAAACAAAACAAAAAAAAAGAACAUUGAACUAUGCAGUGUUUAUUUAUAGUUUAAAGUAUAUAUGAAGAGCCAGAACUUUUGAUAGAGAACUGAACAAAUUCUAAGAGGGGAAAAGGGCAGUAUUUUCUCCAGAUGAGAACAUUUCUCUUGAGCAUUGAUCGUUGUAGAACUGAUCUCCAGCAUUGACUUGUAGUGACAUAUAAAACUUACAAAGCCUUUUGACUGUGCAUUUUGGCACAUAUUUCCCUGCAAUGUCUUUCCUGCUUUAUGAAACAACUUACAAAUUUGUCUAAAGGGCAUUAACUGGUUCCAAUGUAUAUAAAAUACUUUAUUCUGUAGAUUAAAGAAGAAGGAAAAAAAAAAAAAGAAACACUGUGAAUAGUAGUACCCUUACCAA